AUGCGCGUGCGCAUAAAAGACGAAGCGUUUUGGUGCGACGCGUCGUUGCGAACGCCCGACGACUACCCGAGCUCGAGCGCGCUGGACGUGCACGCGGUCGUGAGCGACGCGUUGAAUCGUGAGCACGAAGCGGCGAUCGUCGCGCGCGCGAGAGAGGUGGCGCGCGCGAGCGUGGGCGAGGAAAGCGCGUACGCCGUCGUCGCCGAGUUGGAGCAAAGUUUCAAGGAAGUCUUGGCGGAGGCGCGGGCGGCACGCGAGAGCGCGCGGACGACGACGACGGUCGAGGAGGACUAUCACGCCGUCGUGCGCAUCGAUCACAUGAACGAUUCGGUUGGAUAUGUGAAAUUGCUCAAGAAAUGGUGCGAAGGGGAAGGCUUGGGCGCGCGCGCGCUUCACAAGCCGGCGACGGCGUCGGGUCGGAUCGAGGGCGUGUUCGUCGCGUUAUCCGGCCCGAAUGACGGCAUCAAAUCGUUUUUGCAACGACUGCGCACCGAGCUCGUGGACGUGGAUUCGAAGGGCGUCCGGUGUCGCGAACGCAAAGCGACGACUUUGUGUCACCGCAAGCGCAGCACGGUGAAACCUGGCGAGCGCGCCGUGGAAUCGUUCCAUGGAUUCGAGUUGAUUCCGUACGACACGGAGGGACAGCUCGAGGACGCGCUCGCGAAGCUCAACCUCUUGCACGUCGGCGACGGCGCGAGCCGAUUCGCUUAGAAGAUAUAGCCAACGUAGUAAUACAUCGCCGGCGACGGAUGUCGAUCCGGACGACGUCGUCAUCGCCGUCGCGUCGCGCG